AUGUCAACCAACAAUCUCGCACAAUGUUCAUCUAUUUUAUCAAUCGAUACGUUGUCUAUUGUUGUGUCCUAUAUUUCAUUACAUGAUUUAUGUUCAUUCCGAUGUGUUUCUUCUGAUUGGAAUCAGGCAAUUAAUUUUUAUACAAAUAAUCAUCAUGAUCACGAUGAUCAAUUGAUAAAUAUUGAAACUCUUACUCAAUCAAGUCCUACUGAUGCUGAUUGCCAUAACAAUAGAACGAUUGGUGUAUUUUGGCUGGAUAAAUUCAAAUCAUUCCUAUACGAAAGAGAUGAUCGAUUGAAGGAACUGUUCUAUGUUGAACAUUUGAAAUUUAGAGAAUAUGUGGAAAGGUAUUUCUACUUUCAUGAAAGAAGGAGGUGUUUAAAGAGAUUUAAAAAAGUGGAAAACAAAAUUAAGAAUAAUUCUACAAUUGUUUCUAAAUUUGAUUAUGAUUAUUUGAAAUCUCAAGUUAAUUGUUCAAAUUGGGAUUCUAUUUCUCGAUUUAUUCACAAUAUUUUGAAUAAUCCCAAUAGAGUGAUUGAAUAUGUUGAAAGUAUUUAUGAUUUUAAAGAUAUUUUUAGUAAUAAUUUAAUUUAUAGCGAUAAAUUUAUUAAGGAAUGUGUUAAUUAUAAUAGAUUUUUAAAAAAUCUAAUUAUUUAUUUCGAUAAUAAUGAAAAUAUUUCUGAAAAUGUUUAUAAUUUUAUCGUGAAUAAUUAUUUUGAUAAUAACAACAUUCAAGGUUUCAUUAUAAAUGAUUCAGUAAAAUUAUGUAAAUUAUUAGCACUAUUAAAGGAUAAAUCUAUAACACUGGAUUUGAAAGAUUACAACUAUUUGAAAAUAAUGUUAUUGAAAUCAAUUUUUAUUGGAUAUGAGCAUUGCAAAGAAUUAAAAAAUUUAAUAAUUUUGAAAUGUAAAACACCAGAAAAUUUUUUUUAUGGAGGUACAUUUGAAAAUAUUCUAAAUUUGGUUAAUAAUAACUUGCAAAAAAUUGACAAUGAUUCAUUUCUGAAAAUAGUUAAUUUAUCUACAUUGUUCAAUGUGAAUAUUAAGGAUUAUUUGGAUUAUUGUAUUGAAAUAUUUUCAUCUCAAGAAUUGCAAUAUCAAGUAAUGGAUUAUAAAUGUGAACAUGAGUUUAAUAAUAAUGUAUCUAAAAUUGAUGAAUAUUUCCAUAAAAUAUUUCCAAAUAUGAAAUGUCUCCAGACAGCUGGUGUGGAAAAGUACUAUAUUAAAAAAUUAAAUAGAAAUAUGUUUACUGUUGUAGAUAAUAAUAAUUACAUUAUCCACAAAGUGAAACGUAUCAAAUGUUACUGGGAUUUUUUUUUGUUAGGUAGAUAUUUAGACGAGCAAUUUAGAGAAAAUAGAGAAUUAAAUUAUUUUAAACUAGAGAAAGAUAUGUGUUGGUUGAAUUUGGACACACUGAUGGGUAGUAUUGAACUGGGCUCAGAUGAAAAAUCAAAAAUUGAAGAGAAUUGUGCUUUAAUAGCACCUAGAUAUAGUUAUCGUUUUUGA